UCGAGUCAAAAUCUGUGAGAUUGGGUUCAAUUAAGUUUGACACAUGCAAUCAGGAGCAGGAUAAGUAUAUAUGGAUUGCUUCUCCUUUCUUAACCUGAUCUGUCCUUGUCGAUUUUUAUGUCCUUCAAGAACUGCCCGUUGGAACUCUGACCACUCCAUGCUUUUAUUCAGAAAGAGCUGGCCCAAGAGUGCCAUGUUUGGUCUUAUAGUCUUCAAGUUCAUGUAAGCUCGAUGUCCCACAUGUUGAUAAAAGUAAAAUUCUAUUUGAUCCAUAAUUUUGAUAUGUGGACAGAAGAAUUAAAUGUUUCAAUUUCAUAGAAUUAAAAGUAAGACUUAAGCUCGUCCCACACAUAAUGGUGAAAACAAUGGCAAGGUUGAAGCAGUGUCAACACCUGACUCUAAAGCAGAUACCAAGGCUGGAUCAGUAUCAAGUCUUGACCCCAAAACAGAUCAUAAGUCUGAGGCAAUAUCAGCCUCAGAUGGAAGCUCAAACUUCAAGGCUUCAGCAAUGCAGAUAUCUGACACCCAAACUGGGAAUCCGGUGACUAAAAGUUCGGUCCAAAACAACUCCGAAACGCUGCAGCUCAAGAACGAAAGCGGAGGAGGUGCAGGGAAGGAGACAGCAGAAUUGAAUUCCAAAGAUGUAAACCCACUUGAAUCGAUGUCUGAGAAAUCAUUAUCUACUUCCCAGGAAGCUGGCAGUGAGAAAAUGGAUAUUUCUUCAGCCACUUCUCAUGCAAAGAAAGAUGGUGGGAGGGCUACUACAUUGCCAUCAAUUGCAAAGCCUCCCUUAGAAGAGAAUAUUGUUCUUGGUGUGGCUUUGGAGGGGUCAAAACGAACGCUUCCAAUCGAGGAAGAAGUGGCUCCAUCUCCUUCGCUUGCUGAGUCAAAAGAAUUGACUGCUCGCAGGAAUGGGAGUGAAUCUCCUCUCGUUAGCCAUGAUAAGAAAGACUGUCAAAGUACAGCAUUUCCUAGUGGACCACAAAGUGAUUAGCUGCAUCAGAAAGGUGAUAAUUGCUGAUGUGAUCAUCUAUUCAUCUAUGCUCCUAUUGAUUCAAGUUGUGUACAAGUGCAUGCAGCUGAGUUUUUAAAAGCUGCAUUACAUGAUGUAUGAUUGUAAAUAAUUUUCAAGUCAAUUAGGCACAUUCUGUGGUGGUUCAGUAGGGGCCAGUUAUCAGUUGCAGACAUGAAGAUUUGCCAUUGCUGUAGAUUAAAGACUCGUAAAAUAGUGUACGCAUUGUUUUUCAUCAUUGGAAGUGUUUUUGCAAGUCUUAUAUUGCAAUUCGUCAAGAGGGCUUUAGUCCUGUCCUUGUAGAGGAAUUACUUG